GCAUUUUUCAAACCAAGAAACAGUUCGGUUUGUUUAGUGGCUAACCAAAUUUGAACCGGAGAACGAUUCGGUUUGCGGAUCCGGUUCGACUAUUCUGGGAUUCGGUUCGGUAGGUUUUUGGCAUUUACAAAUGACAACUACGAUACGAGAGAGAGGGAAGAGAAGAGAAAUGAGAUGAUGAACAGCAGUGCUAUGAUGAGAUGCUCCAACACCAACGCCCUUUUCAGAGCUUUCAGAGCCAAAACCCGCGAUUCUUCUCUGCCAAUUUCUUCAAUGCUCAUCAACAAAGGUACUGGUGGGAAGAAGGCAUAUGAUGCAUUGCUGUUGGACGCUGGGGGCACCCUUUUGCAAUUGGCAAAGCCAGUUGAGGACACUUAUGCCGCUAUUGGAUCCAAAUAUGGUGUUAUUAUGGAUCCAGCUAUGAUAAAGCAAGGAUUUAAGAGAGCAUUUGCUGCUCCGUGGCCUGAAAAGCUACGGUACCAGGGAGACGGGAAGCCAUUUUGGAAACUUAUAGUUUCUGAAGCCACAGGUUGUGGAGAUGGGGACUAUUUUGAGGAAGUUUAUGAGUACUAUGCAAGAGGGGAUGCGUGGCAUCUUCCCGAUGGAGCUCAUGAAGCAAUUACUCUUCUGAAGGAUGCUGGAGUUAAGAUGGCUGUUGUAUCCAAUUUUGACAACCGCUUAAGGAAGCUAUUGAAGGAUCUUAAUGUCUUAAAUCUAUUUGAUGCUGUCAUUAUAUCAUCAGAGGUCGGAUAUGAAAAACCAGAUUCCAGAAUAUUCCAAGCUGCUCUAGAUCAAGUAAAUGUAGAGGCUUGCAAAGCCUUACACAUUGGAGAUGAUAAAAAAGCAGAUAAAAUGGGGGCCAAUAACGUGGGGAUCGAUUGCUGCAGGUUAUGGGGUAUUGAUGUGAAGACAUUCUCCGAUAUACAAAAUCGCAUUCUCAAUUCAGAGGCUUAACGACUGAUGUGCUUGUAACUCCGAUUUGUUCAUACUAAUAUCUAGCAUUUCAUAAAGUGGAUAAUCAUACUUAACAUUUUUUAAUGCAUGAUGCAAAAACCUUGAUAUGAUAUCCUUGGUUCCAAGUUUUGCUAAAUACCAUGAAUAAUGUUGUCUGUUUCAAAGGAGACAGGAUUUUGUCCUCCAAAUUUACCUCACAAAUACUAUCCAUUUUGAAAGGGUGUAAUGAGAAGAGUUCAAGUUUCUGACUUUCAC